AUGCGGGCUAGCAUCCUCGCCGCGGGCCUUUCCGCCGUUUCGUUCGCUUCUGCGGACUAUCCAUCCGUUGAGCCGACAUACCCUGUCCCUCACACCCCCAAGCCGGAUUAUCCGUCUGCCACCACCAGCUAUGAGCCAAUCCAAAGUUCCCAGCCGGAGUUCUCAUCCUCCGCUAUCACCUCUCAGCCAAUUCACAGCACUCAGCCGAAAUCUUCGUCUUCCGCUAUCAGCUCCGAGCCAGAGUACCCGUCGUCCGGUGUCAGCUCCCAGCCCCUUUCCACCACCAAAUCCGGAGAUCCAUUUCCCACUUUGACUUCUCAGGGAUCCUCUUCCCCCACCGUCACUGUCACCUCUGUGAGCAGAACCACCGUGGAGACCACCAAGGAGACAACUCUUACUCCUACAACCAGUCUUGCCAACACUACAUCCUCGGUGCAAGCGUCCGCUGUCAAUUCACCUCUGCCCACCGCAAAUGCUGCGGAAAUUUCCUGCCCUGCGAACAACAAUACGGUCGUCCCCUCUCGCCCGGGGUCUGCAUACAUAGUGUUGUGCGGGGGGGUCGUUGGAAACAUGAUCAACGUCAUGCGACCUGCCGAGACCACCCCUUUGUCGCGCACUGCCAUUUGCCUGGCAGCAUGCGACGCCAAUCCGAGCUGUGUCGCCAUCAAUGCCGCYCCCAGCGGCUGCACAUACUUCAGCUCGGUUUCUGGCCGCGGUACUGCAGGUGAAAACAUCGCACUGGUUAACGUGGAUAGGGAGGGGGCUAUCACUCCUUCAUCGAUGGCGUCAAGUACUUCCAGUGCCUCGUCGUCUGGAACUUUGCCCGCCGGCAUCCCGACUACAAUGUCAUCGUCUGCAUCUUCGAGCUCGAUGACUCCCUCGAUCAGCCCCGCCGCUCCUGCGGAGAGUCCUGUAGUCAGCUUGACAUCGUCCAGCUCGAUUGCGAGCCUCACGAGCAGCUCCAUUGCCACCUCCACCAUGACCCCUAUUAUUAGCACUACAUCUGUUAUGGUGACUACCACACCCAGCUCCAGCUCCAGCUCCACAUCCAGCACCUCGUCCAGCUCGUCCAGCUCUUCGUCCAGCUCUUCGUCCAGCUCGAUUACGAGCCCCACGAGCAGCUCCAUCGCUACCUCCACCUUGACCCCUAUCACCAGCACUACAUCUGUUAUGGUGACCACCACACCCAGCACUAGCUCCAGCCUCACACCUACCACCUCAUCCAGCUCUACCUCCAGCUCGUCCAGCUCCGUAUUGAGCUCUUCAUCGACACCUACACCUGCUGCUCCAAUUACUAGCUCUACUACUAGCUCUGCACCCUCAACAACCACCAUUGAGACCACGGAUAUCUUGACAAUCAUCACCGAAUCGACGGACAUCGUCACCGUCACAGCAUCCACCACUGAGCAUACCACCACAACGCCCUCCACGACGGGGUCCAUCACUUCCAGCACAUCUUYGUCAACCCAGGCCACUGACACCGAAACGAUCAUCACCGAUUCACCAUCAGCGCCUACCGAUAUCGUCACCGUUACGGCAUCAUCUGGAGGAUCUUCAAGUUCUAGUACAUCCUUGUCAACCGCUUCCGGCACAUCUUCUUCAACGGACACGACCAGCUCUACCUCAUCCUCGGGUUUCACAACUACAUUCGUGAUGACCAGCACUUCCACCAUCUUCGCGAGUUUCGUUCAGCAAGGUAUAACCCAAUCUACCCCUGUGUCCACGAUUACCACUUCUGUUACUAUGACCGGAGUCUCUGUUGCUGCCCGUGCAGUACCAACUUACCAUGCAGAAAUUGCACCCCCGCACGAGGAGCCCMCCUCUUUGCCAGCAUCAAGCGAAUCGUCGUCCGCAGACAGCACGCUAUCAGCCGCGUACAAUCAGCCAGCAACCUCGCCGAUGAACAACAAGCCAGAGACUUCUACUGAACAUUCGCACACCAAGCAUCCGCACACCAAGCAUCCGCACACCAAGCAUCCGCACACCAAGCAUCCGCACAACAAGCCUUCAUCUGUUUCCAGCAUGUCUUCUUCGAUGACUCCAGGAUACAACAAGCCAGAGACUUCUACUAAACAUGCGCACACUAAGCAUCCGCACAACAAGCCUUCAUCUGUUCACAGCAUGUCUUCGACGACUCCCGGAUACAACAAGCCACAGAUGACCCCAGGACACAACAAGCCUUCCACCGCCUCCUAUAGCAAGCCAGAGAUCUCGACCCAUCCCACCAAGCCAGAGAUCUCGACCCAUCCCACGUAUACUCGGCCAUCACCAGUCCACGGCACUCCAUCACCCAGCGAGUCAUCGCCAAUCCCCCCGAUGACAUCGCACCGCAGUAUGAGGUUGCACAACAUUGCGUGCAAGUGGUUUCCGUCGAUUGCGCAGCACUGCCCGCCAGGAGAUAAGCCGACCCACAGCCCUCCAGGAUAUAAGAAGCCGAGCCACAGCGCUCCUAAGCCUUCGCACACCGCAGAGACCACCAAGUCAAUUGGAUACGUCAAGCCUUCUUCCUCCAAGGACAACACACCAGUACACAAGCCAACCCACAGCGCUCCAAAGCCUGUCGGAUACGUCAAGCCAACACCAUCGCACCCUCACAGCAAGCCAGAAUAUAUGCCCACCACCACCACCACAGAGGCUAAGACGUACUCUACACCUUCGGUUUGA